CGAGAACCGUCAUUUGGUUGAUUUCUAAUCCUCGAGGCGGGUUCGAUACAGUCAAAAACACAUAUCUGCGUGCCUCGAAGAGAGCGUUCACUCGUGCAACCGUUGAGCCUCUAUACCACCGCUCAUCCGCUACCUGUGGAUACGUUUAACAAAUGCCAACGAACGUCACAGACAACGACCCUGCGCAAAGCGGCGCAACAGCGACGGCUCCGGUCGAUGGCAGCGCAACAGAGCCACCCAAGAAAUUCCCCAAGGGUGUUGUACUGGGCAAGGAUGGAAAGCCUUGUCGUUCUUGCACCUCCUUCGGUGCCUGGGCGUCCCAGGCCAAGGCUACCCUAAAGACGAGUCACGACAUGUCCUCAACUGCGCCUUCUACGAUUGCGUCGGCAGCUACAUUAUCAACCCGGAGAACAGACUGCCCAGCUGAUGUUGAAACUCUCGGGCGAAGCUCUUGGACUCUUCUCCACUCGAUCGCCGCGACCUACCCUCCCGCCCCGACUCCAAGCGAGCAAAAUGAUUUAAAGUCCUUCAUGAGCUUGUUCGCAAAGCUGUACCCUUGCUGGGUAUGCGCCGAAGAUUUCCAACAAUACAUAAAGAAAGAAGAACCGAAAACAGGCAGCAGAGACGAGUUUGGAAAUUGGCUGUGUGAGGCGCACAAUGAAGUCAACAGGAAGUUGGGCAAGCCAACGUUUGACUGCUCCAAGUGGCAGGAGAGGUGGAGGACUGGGUGGAAGGAUGGAAGCUGCGAUUGAUCCGCGACAUCUCUAUUAUUAUAGCGACCUGAGAAAUCUCAGCCCGGUGACAGAAGGUUGUAUACAAAUGUCUGGUUGUUAGAUGGUGGUGGCGAUGGUGUUUUUUUUGCAUACGCAGCAUGGCGAGGCGCAUUGGCGUUGUUGUAUGUCUUUUCUGCCUACCUAGAGGUAAGGUAGGUUUCUUAUAUCCUGUCUUUCUUAUUCUCUGGCAUAGGUAGUCGCAAUGGCAUACUCCUGCUCAGGUUACCGGUUAUUACAUGACUGAAGAGAGCG